AUGCAGGAGAUGCGCUCGUGGUUGGCUGUGGUGACUAUUCUAUGUUUCGACUCUCCUGGAGUAACCGAAAGCGACAAGCAAGACUCAUCAGAAAGUCCGGGAUACAAACUCGCAUCAGAAAUGCUCAGAGACACAGAAGUCAUCAACUUUCUCGGUGAUGGCGUGGUUGAUCCAUGCGUGGAUUUUUUCGAGUUCACUUGUGGCAACUGGAUCGCCGCUCAUCCGAUUCCUAGCGACGAAUCUUAUCGCACACAAGCACACGUACUAUCGGAUAAGGUCCGAAAGCAGAUGAGAGGUAAAAGUUAUGGUGUGUGGCCGAUGGUGGAUGGAGACGAUAAAUGGCGACUGGAAAUUUUGAAUUUAACGUCCUUGAUGAUUGAUGUUAGUAAAGUGAGAGGAGUUAGCGUCUUUAUCGCUUACGAAGUUUCGAAAGACUGGAAGAACGCAUCAAGAAGGAUCAUCCAGGUAAAAACAGUGAGCAACUUACUAAUUACGUUAUUAUGGCGCAAAGGAAUUCGUAUGGAGGAUUUAUUGAAGUUCGAGGAUAAAAACUUGCGUGCGAAUUGCCAUAAACAAAUCUAA